AUGAGGCACACGAUGCCGCACGACGCCGACGGGCAGGACCACGACAGAUUACGCUUGCAGCAGCAGGCUGAGGGCCCAGAGACACUGCCGUACACGCCACCGGUCAUGGCCGAGAUGAAGGCUCGUGCGACCGACCCGGUUGACCCGCCGGAGAUCACAGUGCUGCAGAGGAUGCUGUCUGCAACGACUGGGAGCUUGUUGACAGCGCUGUUGGUCACCCCCCUCGAUGUCGUUCGUGUCCGCCUACAGUCCCAAAACGUGUCCCGCCCCCGCGUCGACUUUGCAAAGCUGCCCGCCAACUUCCAGAAGAUCGUGGGCUCAUCGCCAACCGCUGUUCGUCCUAUGGACCUCGGCGUGACUGCCUGUUGCCGUGAGGUGUUUUUCGUGAAUGCCAACUCCGAGGUGUGUCUCGCCGGCCCAAAGGCCGCACAAGCCGAGACGGCGGCCGCGGCCGCGGUACCGGACUGUGCUGUUGAGCAGCACCAGAAGAAGACGAUUAACUCGACCGUGGACGGCCUCCGCAAGAUUGCUCGCAAUGAGGGCAUUUCCACGCUGUGGCGUGGCCUGUCUCCCACGCUGCUCAUGUCCAUUCCCGCCAACGUCAUCUAUUUCACCGGCUACGAGUGGCUGCGCUUCAACCCCGAGAGCCCAAUUCACCGCGCUACGCCCGACCAGUACGCCCCGCUUGUGGCGGGCGCAUUUGCUCGAGUUCUGGCCGCCACUGCCGUGGGCCCCAUCGAGCUGUUCCGCACGCGGCUGCAAGCGGCGCAGGGCCAGUCGGCUGCCGGCCCCCUGCGGGAUACUUUCCAAGGGUUGCGACGCAUGGUGCAGACGCACGGCAUCCACUCGCUCUGGCGUGGCCUGACCCUGACUCUUUGGCGUGACGCGCCCUUUUCGGCCAUGUACUGGUGGGGCUACGAGACGGUGCGUAGCCAGCUGACCGAGGCGCGCGAGCGGCGCCGUGGCCGCGACCUGCUGGACCUGGACGGGUCGCGGCGGGUCCGCGAGCGCCGGCGGUCGCAGAGCCGCGAGAACCACCGAGCCACGUUCCUCGACAGCUUUGCAGCGGGCUCCCUGUCCGGUGCGGCGGCGUCCAUUGCAACGAUGCCAUUUGAUGUCGGCAAGACCCGCACGCAGGUGUUCCGGGAAGCGGCCCAGGCGGGCGUGCCCACCGCCGCCGUGGCGGAAGAGCAGACAAUGGGUCGGCUGCUGUGGCACAUCUUCCGCACCGAGGGCAUUGCCGGCCUGUUCAAAGGCUGGAUCCCCCGCACGCUCAAGGUGGCCCCGGCAUGUGCGAUCAUGAUUAGCAGCUACGAGGUGGGCAAGAAGGUGUUUCGCGGCAUGAAUGAACGUGCACGAGAGCGAAAAAUGAACGGAGCGUGA